GAUACAAAAGGUGGUUAUGGCAUUAGGAGACUACAUGGGUGCCUCUUGUCAUGCCUGCAUUGGGGCCACCAAUGUGCGUGCUGAGGUGCAGAAGCUGCAGAUGGAAGCUCCCCAUAUCAUCGUGGGCACCCCUGGCCGGGUGUUUGACAUGCUUAACCGGAGAUACCUAUCCCCCAAAUACAUCAAGAUGUUUGUACUGGAUGAAGCAGAUGAAAUGUUAAGCCGUGGGUUCAAGGAUCAGAUCUAUGAUAUAUUCCAAAAGCUCAACAGUAACACACAGGUAGUUUUGUUGUCUGCUACAAUGCCUUCUGAUGUCCUUGAGGUGACCAAGAAGUUCAUGAGAGACCCUAUUCGAAUUCUUGUCAAAAAGAAAGAGUUGACCCUGGAGGGUAUCUGCCAAUUCUACAUUAAUGUGGAACAAGAGGAGUGGAAGCUUGGCACACUGUGUGACUUAUAUGAGACGCUGACCAUCACCCAGGCAGUGAUCUUUAUCAACACCAGAAGGAAGGUGGACUGGCUCACUGANAAGAUGCAUGCCCGGGAUUUCACUGUUUCUGCCAUGCAUGGAGAUAUGGACCAAAAGGAACGAGAUGUGAUCAUGAGGGAGUUCCNNUCUGGCUCUAGCAGAGUAUUAAUUACCACUGACCUGUUGGCCAGAGGCAUUGAUGUACAGCAGGUCUCCUUAGUCAUCAAUUACGACCUUCCCACCAACAGGGAAAACUACAUCCACAGAAUCAGUCGAGGUGGUCGGUUUGGCCGUAAGGGUGUGGCUAUUAACAUGGUGACAGAAGAAGACAAGAGGACUCUUCGAGACAUUNAGACUUUCUACAACACCUCCAUUGAAGAGAUGCCCCUCAACGUUGCUGACCUCAUUUGAGGGGCUGUCCUGCUACCUGGGCCUAGCCCAGGGUUCAGUCCUGGGGUGGGGCCAAGGAACAGCUGGAGGGGGGAGGGAAGGGAGCCAAGUGAUGGACAUCUUGGUUUUGUUUUGUUUUUGUUUUGUUUCAGUUUUUUCUCUCUCUCUCUCUUUGAAUAAAUGUCACUUUUUGAGGCAAAAAAAAAAAAAAAAA